AUGAGCUCCCCCAACAAGGACGAGGGGUCUGUUUGGGGAGUGGGGUCCCACCCAGAGGGCGGGGAGCAGGCCGGUGGACUGGGCCGUACUUUGGGGACGCCCCUGCCGAGCAGCCAGGACGAGGGCGCGUUCUCAGACCUCGAAGGCUUCGAGGACGAGGAGCGGGAAGUGAUGGAAGGGGUGCUUUGGGGUUGCGAAGGCCGACCUGGCUCCCCGGCCGACUUCGACGGGGGCACUCUGGACUACCUUGCCGAUGAGGCCGCGAUAGCCACCCUGCAGCAGCUGACCGACCGGGAUCACCUGGCUGUCCGCAGAAACCCCUCCCCAGAGAGCUGCUGCGACUCUGAGGCGUCCGCCCUUUCGGUGGACUUGCAGGCAGGUCCCGAGGGUAGAAGCGCGCAGGCCUAUGGUCUGGUGGGAUCUCGGCGGCCUUCCACGGCCCGGCUGCCCCUCAUGGGGCCUGGGGGAGGCCGGGCCUGGGGAAACUGCAAAAGAGCAGCUAAGAAUAGGUCAAAGGACACCGUGGGUCCCCAGUGGUCCUCGGAAGAAGGCCUGGUGGGCUGGCCUUCCCACUCCGAGUCAUCAGAUGACUUCAGUGAGCUGCACCUGCUGAGUUCCAGCCUCUAUGGCAAAGGAGGGGGCCAGGCCAAACCCAGGAGCCUGCAAGACACACCCAGACACUCGAGUGUCCGUGCCAGGGAGAAGUUCCUUUGCGUGCCAGGCUCUUUCCUGCCCUCCGCUCCCCCACGACUGGCUUCAGUUGGGGCGAGGAGGCGGGCUGUUGGAGAGCUGGAAGUGUCCCGUAGGAAACCCCAAAGUGUGGUCUGCAGGAAGGCGGGGAGCAGGCCCAGCUACCUGCCGGGAGCCGCUGCUGCAGGCAGCCGGCCCAAGGCCACUCCUGGAAGGAAAGUGGCCCAGGAGAAGAAAUUCCUAGGGGGGGCCUCCAAAGUUGCCCCCCAGGGUACCUUCCCUCCCUGGGGGCAGGGAUUCUCAGCCGCUGCCCUGGAGCCAGCCACCUUCCCCCCAGUCGCUGGUGGUCCGGUGCUUGGGAGGGGCAAGGGGUAUUCCUUGGUCUCUUUGGGAACCAAACAGCCCAAGCACACCGGCGCUGGGCAGAAGUCUGGGGCCAGGAGGAAGAGGGGGUCCCUGCCGGUGGUGGUAGAAGAAAAGGAACCGGAGAGCGACCCAGGCCCAAAAGUCCAAACACACAGUCCAGGGCCAUCCUGCCGAGAAUGCAACAGCGGUGACGGCUACAGCAGAGCCGCCGGGGCUCCAGGACAAGCACAGCCCUGGGCCCUGAGCCAGGGAGAAGUCCUGCCCAGAGGGCCCACAGCCUCCAGAGACCAGGCACCACUUGGAUAUCCCCCAGCACCGGAAAGGCAGCAGCAACCACCUGGAGCAGAGGGUUGUCCUCGGUGCCCGGAGCUGCAGAGACAAAUAUACGACCUUAGACAGCAACUAGCGGCCAUGCAGUCCCUGGCUGACAAGUUCCGGAACCUUUGA